CUCAACUUCAACUUUUUCCAACUCCCACUGCGGCGAGCGCGAUGAGCAACGACGCUGUACAAACACUUACGGAGGCGCGGCGCAAGGUGGGGGCGAGCACGCGCGGGCUUGGGCGGCUUGUACCCCCGUCCGGUCCGUCUGUUGCGGCGGGCCCGGUGCCCAUGACGCCGGAUGGGCUGGCGGACAUCCUUGCUGCACUCCUGACGCAGCUUAAGACGACGACUACAACCCUCGCGCUGGCAUUCAAGCCGCCUCUCUCGCCCGCCGCCAUCAAGCCCUAUGCCGACAAGCUCGAGGACCAGGUCGCGCGCGCUGUGUCGUGCGUGCUUGCGUUGGCUGGCGCGGCGCCGCCCAAUGCUGGGCGGAGUGCGUUGGUUGAUGCUUGGCGGGGGGGCGUUACGGGGAUCGGGGAGGCCGCUGAGGCCUUCCUCGCCGUGCUGGAGGAUGCGGCGAAGAGUGGCUCCGUCAAGAGGGAAGGCAGGGAGACCGACCAAAGCCCCUACCUUGCCCACACGGGCCUCGUGCAUGCCGCGAUCGACAGGUUCGCUACGAGUCUCCCGCGCACUGAGGGAGAAGCGGUGGCGAAGGCUUGGGAGGGCCAGAAGGGAACAAUGCGGGACGCGUGGGACGAGUUCAAAGAGCUACUCGAAGACGACAGCGAGGAGGACGAUGCGGACUUUGACGGCGACGUGGGUUUGGAUGACGAAUUUGGGAUCCUUGAAGCAUCGAUGGGAAAACUCUCUCCCAGCGAGCGGAAGCGGGCUGAGGCUGCCAAGUCUGUGCUGGGUUUGCACCAGGUUCUACAUGCCUCUCUCCCACGUUUUCUCCCACUCCUUGUGUUGUCGCCGGAAGAGUCCUACUCGGACCUCGUUGCUGCUGGCGGCGCGCUAGUGAGCGCACUCGACGAUGCCGUGGCUUCGCUUCAUCCCGGACAGGAUUCUGGCGAGAUCAAUGCGGAAGUGGAGGCGCUUAAUGCAAGGGGCCGGGCGCUCGCCUCUGCUUUCGCUACACGCCUAGAGCGCGCUGGAGGGGAGCCCCAGACGCGUGCGGUUGCGGAAAGCUUCGUGUCACGCUGGGAGGCCAAGCUCGUGCAGGAGGUCGCCAAGUGGGAGGAGACUCGAGUCAGUUUGGCCGACCUUGGGGAUGCGCUCGCGUAGAGAACGUAGAUGCUAUAUAUUAUAUUCGCAACGCCUGAGAUAUAUCAGAGUGCACACCUCCGGCAGUAGACGUCGCAGUCGUCGCCCCACACAUCGCCCAUCGCCGUUGGCCAACACGUAAUGAGUGGCGUGAUGCAUAUUGAGUAGUGGUACACCUCUAUCUAGCUAGCUCUUGUCACAGUCCCGUCGAGGGGUUUAGUACACCUCGGAGACAAU